CCGUCCAUAGACUUAUUGUGCCAGAAACUCUACACGCCCGUAUUUGAAUGGGAGGAGGUGGCGAAAGUUUAAGUGCUGUGCAUGUGUCGAGCAAAAACGGUCGGAUUUUGACAGAUUUUGAAGUCAGAAAUAUUAUUGAAGCCCCAGCUGUUUGAGGUUGGCAUUGACGGAAGCCAGGAGGUGGUAAUAGAGGUAUUUUUGUUUGGAUUUCAGAUGUUUGGGCAGUUUCCCCAGCAGUUCAAUACACAGUACCGAUGUUACUCUGUGUCGAUGCUUACUGGAGCUUACAGGGAAGAUGUGGAACGAGGAGGCAAAAUCAUUAUGCCUCCAUCAGCUCUCGAUGUGUUGACACGGCAGAACAUUGUUUACCCAAUGCUGUUUAAACUGACGAACAAGAAGAUUGCCAGAACAACUCACUGCGGAGUGUUGGAAUUUGUAGCCGAUGAAGGCAAGGUCUACAUUCCAUAUUGGAUGAUGAGGAACUUACUUCUGGAUGAAGGUGAUCUCUUGACGGUUGAGAGCUGCAGCCUGUCCGUGGCAACCUACUCCAAGUUCCAGCCUCAAUCCGUGGAUUUCUUAGACAUCUCAAACCCCAAAGCAGUUCUUGAGAAUAUUCUGCGUGGCUUUGCUUGCCUCACCAAAGGAGACAUGAUUGCCAUCAAGUACAACAAUAAGGAUUAUGAAUUACAAGUUUUGGAAACCAAACCCAGCGAUGCUGUGUCCAUCAUUGAAUGUGACAUGAGCGUGGAGUUUGCUGCUCCAGUUGGUUACGUCGAACCAGAGAGACAAAAACCGGCCGAACAAGACACAGAGGAUAUGCAGGUUGACGGUCCAGGCAUCACCCAUUAUGUAGACACAGACACAUUCAUGGCUUUUAAGGGUCAAGGAAACCGCUUAGACGGCAAAAAGAAACACUCGGAUGCAAAGCCUGUCCCGCUGAACGCACCUGUAAUGAGAAGGGGUAUCCCCAACUAUGAUUACCAGAAGGGGACCAUUACGUUCAUCAGAACAGCCAGGCCAGCAGUUGCCAAUGGCAACAGUGAGGACGUACCAGACUCAUUUGAGGCUUUCAGAGGGGAAGGACAGAAAUUAAGGCAAAAGAACAAAAAGAAAUAAGUUCUUUUUUCAAGUUGACAGACUCAAGUGUAUGCUAUUUAUUAAAAAAAACCAAGAUGUAAGAUAUAGUUCUUUUGCACCCCAUGGACCUUUGGAGAAGAGAAGUUGGCUUCUGCUCGCGGAAGCCACCGAUGAUUGUUUGUCAAGGAGUUUGCUGUCUCUCAGUGCAUCGUGGGAUAUGAGCUUCCUGCCUUCGUGGUGUCAGCAAGCAAGACGCUGUGUUUCAUUCUACAAGGCCUCCGAAUUGGACCAAGAGUUCCUCCCUAUUAAUUUUGUGGAUGAGGAAAGGAUCUUGGUUUUGAUACAGUUAGUGCUGGGGUCAAGAUUUGAGGUUGUCACGGAUAUUAAAAAAAUGGUGUCGUAGUCGAGACUAUCACAUGACCAGGCACAUGAUCAGUAACAAGUACAGUCAUACCUCAUUAAUAAGAGCACUGUCAAUACAAGAUUCUGCUUACAAGGAAAUUUUUAUAUCCCAAGCUUUUGUUUUUCAUUGUUUCACUCCUGAUAAUACGAGGUUCCUGUGAUAACAAGGUAAUUUGCCAAGUCCAAAGGACCUCUUAUUAACGAGGCCUUACUGUAAUCAGAUCAGCAGUGACAAAGGAAGGCUUUGUUUGCAGUUCAUUUGAAUCGCUUACAGCUAAUUCAGGUUGGAGUGUCUGGUUUCAAUCUUGUAGGAUUUGUGAUGGUCUUAAGGGGUCUUGUGAUGGUCUUAAAGGGUCUUGUGAUGGUCUUAAGGGGUCUUGUGAUGGCC